AUGAUAAUAUAUAUCUGUGGUUGUUACAUAAAUAUUAUUUCCACGAACGAUGAAUGUCAAUUAUCUCGUAAUAAUGAUAUGGUUGAUGAUUGCAAUUGCCGUAUCUCAGACUUAAAUCAAAUUAAUAAUCAACGUUUAUAUCCAUUAUUACGUCAAAUAGUACAGAAAAAUUAUUUCCGAUUUUUUCCAAUUAAUUUGAAAAAAUCAUGUCAAUUUUGGCCUCAAGAUGGACAAUGUUCACUUCAAACAUGUGCAAUAAAAGCGUGUUCACUGGAAACCUUACCAGAAAAUUUACGUGAAAAAUUUAAUAGUAAUAAACCCAGUGAACGGAUCAAUACAAAACAAGAUGAAACAAAUCAAGUAGAGUGUCCAACCACAGAUACAAAUUCAUCGCUUGGUUUAGUUGAUAAAAAUUUAAGUGAAGAACAUAAACAAACAAUUGAAGAUUGGAUGAAAUUUGAUGAUAUGAAAUCCGAAAAUUUCUGCGAUGUCGAUGAUGAAACAUCGACUGAACUUGAAUAUAUUGAUUUAUUAAUUAAUAUUGAACGUUACACUGGCUAUUCAGGUGUAUCAACACAGAGAAUUUGGUCAGCUAUUUAUAAUGAAAAUUGUUUUUUUCUACCUGAUUCAAUACCUUAUUAUAAUUUAAGACAGAAACGUUUGAACGCAAAUAAAAUGUGUCUUGAAGGACGUACAUUUUAUCGUCUCGUUUCUGGUCUUCAUUCAAGUAUAAGCAUACAUUUAUGCGCUCAAUAUUUUUUUCCAAUAAAAAAUGGUGGUUACACAGGUUUAGAUGGCCGGUGGGCUCCAAAUCUUGAUGAAUUUAAAAAUCGUUUUGAUCCUGAAACAACUGGUGGAGAAGGUCCAACCUGGUUAAAAAAUCUUUAUUUUAUAUAUUUAAUUGAAUUACGUGCUAUUUACAAAGCGCGAGACUAUUUAGAAAGUCAAAAAUAUUUUACUGGAAAUGAGACCGAUGAUUUGCAUACGAAAAAAUUAAUAACAGAUCAUUUAUUAAAAGAAAUAGAACCAUUUUCAAAUCGUUUCAAUGAAAAUGAUUUAUUUCAAGAUGGAAAUGAACAAUUAAAAAUUGAAUUUAAAGAACAUUUUCAUAAUAUAAGUCGAAUAAUAGAUUGUGUUGGUUGUGAUAAAUGUAAAUUAUGGGGAAAAUUACAAAUACAAGCAUUGGGUACAUCAUUGAAAAUUCUUUUCGCAGAAAAUCCAAUACAAUUACAACGUUCGGAGCUUGUUUCACUUAUCAAUGGUUUUACUCAAUUAUCUACGAGUAUCUAUCGACUUGAACAUACAUUCAAAACAUGUCUGACAAAACACACCGAACUAUGA